GAAGACCUCAUUCAACGUUGCAAUCGAACUGUUGGGUGGCCUAUAAUCGAAUCGCCUCCGUCUUUUUCUUCUCGUCGAUACAAACAAGUCAGUGUCUAAUAGGAUUUCGUGGCAAUGGCGCAAGCGGCGGCGGGGAGGGUGAAUCACGCUGCAUUUGCGGCGAAUAUUGGCUCCGGAUCCAUGCAGAGCCGAUCGGAGAGGCUGAGGCCUGGUUCUGGUUUUGAGGCGAAGGUGUUCGCGCUCACCGAGAAGAGAACGGGCCGAAGAGCUUCGCAGUUCAGCGCGCCGAUCACGGCGAGGAGAUCUAAUCGUGUCGAGCCGCAGGUGGUUCCGGUCACGCCGGAAGACGCGCCAAAGGCAGAGGGGGAAAGCCAAUAUGUACAGGGGAUUUCCAAACUUGGUGAUGCAUCAAAUGGGGUGUGGUCUAAACCUGUAGUUAGGCGGAAGACAAAGAUUGUUUGUACUAUUGGUCCCUCGACCAACACCAAGGAAAUGAUAUGGAAGCUGGCAGAGGCUGGAAUGAAUGUUGCCCGUCUUAAUAUGUCGCACGGAGAUCAUGCAUCUCAUAAAAAAGUUAUUGACUUGGUUAAGGAAUAUAACGCUGAAGCGAAAGACAAUGUCAUUGCCAUUAUGCUUGAUACCAAGGGCCCUGAAGUUAGGAGUGGUGACUUACCACAGCCGAUUACAUUGGUGCCUGGUCAGGAAUUUACUUUCACAAUUCGAAGGGGAGUUGGCACAGCUGAUUGUGUCAGUGUCAACUAUGACGAUUUUGUUAAUGAUGUAGAAGAUGGUGACAUGCUUCUUGUUGAUGGUGGAAUGAUGUCAUUACAAGUAAAGUCAAAAACCAAAGAUUCAGUGAAAUGUGAAGUUGUUGAUGGUGGAGAGCUUAAAUCUCGACGGCAUCUUAAUGUUCGAGGGAAAAGCGCCACACUUCCAUCUAUAACUGAUAAGGACUGGGAUGACAUCAAAUUUGGAGUUGAUAACCAAGUUGACUUCUAUGCUGUUUCAUUUGUUAAGGAUGCAUCUGUGGUCCAUGAACUGAAGAAUUAUCUUAAAGAGGCUGGUGCGGACAUUCAUGUCAUUGUAAAGAUUGAAAGUGCAGAUUCAAUACCAAAUCUAGAUUCAAUUAUAACUGCAUCCGAUGGGGCUAUGGUUGCAAGAGGGGAUCUUGGUGCCGAGUUACCAAUAGAAGAGGUGCCUUUAUUGCAGGAAGAAAUUAUCAGAUUAUGUCGCGGUAUGGGAAAGGCAGUAAUAGUGGCAACGAACAUGCUUGAAAGCAUGAUAGUGCAUCCCACUCCCACCCGAGCAGAGGUGUCGGAUAUUGCUAUUGCUGUGAAAGAAGGGGCUGAUGCAGUUAUGCUUUCCGGAGAAACUGCUCAUGGGAAGUUUCCACUGAAAGCAGUCAAGGUCAUGCACACAGUCUCUUUGCGAAUGGAAGCUACAUUACCUGGCAUACAGGCUCCGGCAAAUCUCGGUGAAUCCUUCAAGAAUCACAUGAGCGAAAUGUUUGCAUUCCACGCAACGAUGAUGGCCAAUACCCUUGGAACUUCUAUUGUUGUCUUCACUCGAACUGGAUACAUGGCGAUUCUACUGAGCCAUUUUAGACCAUCUGGCACAAUCUUUGCUUUCACAAAUGAUAAACGUAUACGACAAAGGUUGGCAUUGUACCAAGGCGUUUGCCCCAUACACAUGGAGUUCUCUGCCGAUGCUGAGGAGGCAUUUUCCAAAGCACUGGCAUUGUUACAGGGGCAAGGGAUGGUGAAAGAGGGCGAGCAGGUAGCGCUUGUUCAAAGCGGCAGGCAGCCGAUCUGGCGAUCUCAGUCCACGCAUAACAUUCAGGUCAGGCAAGUAUAGAUUCGAAACAAGGACACAAAAUAAAUUUAAGAAAAAGAAAAGAAGAAGCAAUCUACACUUGCCGCCACAUUUUUGCAUGUUUUCAGUUUUUUCCACUUAGGUGUGAACAUACAUGCCUUCGUGAAGUGAAGCAAACCUUGAUUGAUUUAUGUUAUUCUCUUUUAUCAUUGUAAUGAAUUAUUGAAUUUGUUAGUCGAAUUGAAAUACUUGGAGUAUCUUAUUAUCAUUUGUCACUCA